UCCACCAGAGGGCAAAGCGAAAAAUUUGGAGGAGCUGGGCCUACGUGAGUAUUUUUCUCCGUAUUUUUCGCCCUCCUCAAAGCUAACUUUUACAACUGUCAUCACUAAGGCAUACAGCAUAUGCAGUGUGUAUGUGUAAACUCCUUGUAAAAUAUAAGAUGCCAGCUUACACACUGUAUCUCCACGCAUCAGAAUGUGUCCCACAAACAAUACCUCACUUCAUUCACCAAGAUGCUAACGAGACGCACCGUUUGUUCCCUGAGAUUCAUCUCGGUGUGCAUCAUCAUCGCCUUCAUCAUCGGGUGCUACUUUGCACUCCGGAGUAUCACCAAAGAAGAAUCCAGAAAAGAUGACGACUUCAAGCGACAGCAGGCUCUCCACAGGGAAAGCAUCCAGAAAUUGUUGAAAUUGAAAGCAGCUGAGAACAGACACAACCAAAGUUUGAAGAGAGUUCCUACCAACCCACCAAUCCCAAAUCCAAAGAAUCUGAUUGUAAACAAUGCUGGCAAUAGACCGCUGAGAUCUCGGUACAAUGUCAGCACUUUCCCCCAACCAAACUAUAAUGUUCAUGCCUUUUACUACCCAUGGUACGGUAACCCACAAUUUGAUGGGAAGUACCACCACUGGAAUCAUCCCAGGCUCCCUCACUGGGACAAGAAGAUUGCCAAGAAGUUCUCCACUGAAGAGCACGUACCUCCGGACGACAUAGGAGCCAGCUUUUAUCCAGAGCUUGGGUGCUACAGUUCCAGAGACCCAAGUGUGAUUGAGAUUCACAUGCAGCAGUUGCGGACAGCUGGUAUUGGUGUUUUGGUGUUAUCAUGGUAUCCGCCAAGCAAAUCUGAUAACAAUGGUAUCCCAAGUGAUGACCUAGUCCCAAUCCUUCUGGAUGCCUGCCACAAGUAUGAUAUCAAGCUGGCUUUCCAUAGUGAGCCCUACAAAAACCGAUCUGAGCUCACCUUUGUAGAGGAUCUCAAGUAUAUCAUUGAUACCUAUGGUAACCAUCCAGCCUUCUACAGGUACAAACACAAAGGCAAAGAUCUGCCUCUCGUCUACCUGUACGACUCCUACUUGACAUCCUCAAGGGCCUGGGGGCGGGUCUUCAAGAAGAACAGCCCGCUGAGCAUCAGGGAAACCAAGUACGACGCCGUCAUCAUUGGCCUUUACGUUGAGCAGAAGCACAGCAAUGACUUGCUCGUGGGUGGUUUCGACGGCUUUUACACCUACUUUGCAGCAAAGAAGUUUACCUUUGGAUCCCGCUGGACGAACUGGAAGUUCCUUGCCCAGUUCGCCAGGCGAAACGCCAUGUUUUUCAUUCCUAGCGUUGGACCGGGGUAUGACGAUGUCAAAGUGAGGCCCUGGAAUGGGGUCAACACCCACCUGCGCCAAAACGGCGAAUACUACAAAGAAUCCUUUACAGCAGCCAUGAACCAAACCCCGCCCGUCAUAUCCAUAACGUCUUUCAACGAGUGGCAUGAAGGCACACAGAUUGAAAGUGCAGUUCCCAAACCUAGCAGGAACCUGAGAUAUUUUGAUUAUCUGCCGAAUGACCCGGACUACUACUUAACCCUCACCAGACAAAUGGUCGAGAAGUUUACAUCCCGACAAGGAAAAUCAGAGCAUGAUUAGAAGAGAAGGUUGACCAUUGCAACCUUGACCAUUCCCAGAUCCAUCUCAGUCCAGCAGGAGGUUUGGUGGAUUUCAGAGCCUAUUCUCUCUUACACUGUACUUUGGGGCCCAAUGUCCCUUUAACAUGUUUAAAUUAGUACCAGUGAAGGAUAAUGAAAGUUUUUUACAUCCAUUUAAGAAAAUAAAAGGACAUCAACAGCAUGGUUAAUACAAUCACUGUACUGCAAAGUGUCAGCCAAAUGUGUAACAUCAUUGAAAAGUAACAAAGUAACAUAUUCAUUUUUUUAAAAAAAGCUUAAAUACAUUCCAGAUUUUAUGCAUCACUGAGCUUCAGUGUUUUGCAAAACACUCUCCUUGCAUUUGCUAAGACCAACAAACCCCCACCUGAGCACUCCAUUCCUUGGGACUAGCAGGUGUGACAUCGUCAGUGGCACACGCGAUCCAUUUUUUUCUCAGCCAAUUUGGAUGCGAAUCCUUUUACUCAAGUGCUCAAUGCUACAGAUGGAGUGCUUCAUGGACCAGUUUAUUUUUUUUCUUUCCAAAUAACCCUAUGAAAAGUACCGUCAGAUGAGCCACGGACAGUAUGGCAGCUUUGUCGGUGGUGAUUGGACAGGUGUUAAUUGGUCUUGGAAAAUGAAAGAGAAGCAGAAGUUUAAUUUGAAAAAUUGUUUUGUGGUUGAAUACAAGUCAAUGAUUUGCUGAAGCAUCUACAAUGUCCCAAGGCAGAGUGUGCCAGUAAAUACCGUGCUUUGUGCUAGCAAAUGAACAUGUGUAGUUUGGUCAUAAUAAUCAUUCCAUUUAGGAUUAUUUUGCAUGGAAGCACUCUGUGUAGAGGGUUUGCAUUGUUGGUGUCUUGCAGACCAGUGCUUUUGUUCCACAUGGUAUGCACAAAGGCAAUUUCCUUACGGAACAAAAGAACAGCCCUGCAUGAUGGCUUCCACACAGUGCCUCUAUAGCAGUGAUGUCUAGGGAGUAAUCACAGCUGUAACAGAAUCUGGCAAAUGAACACAGUUUCAAGGCUCUUUAAUUUCCUGAGGCGUUCACAUUCCCACAUUAAAUGAGAAACUUUGUUCUGCACUAUAACUCAAUGUAUCUUGUAAAUAUGUUCCAUAGAAAUUUCCAAUCUCUUUUAAAGUCUUCCCCUAAAUUGAAGAGAACAUUUGAGAACUUCCUCAACUGAUAUAAAUUGUCACGAAGGGACAAAGGCUAGUAAAAGAAUAAUUUGUUGUGUACCUUCCAUUGCCCAACUAGAAAAAUGGGUGAUGAAAUCAUUGAUCCGCUAUAAGAUCAGCCAUAGUACACAAAUAUUUCAAGGACUACCAUGUUCCUAAGUAACAGUUACUCUACACUAUGUGUUAUCAUAUUUGUGACAAGCAAACACUGAAGCCAGAUGUGUGUAGAUUCAAGGUUCAAAUGGUAAACCUACACAUGUGAUUGGCAAAAAAUGCCUACAAUUCGCUGCACCUUUUAAUAUGUGUAUUUUGGCUGGACUGCCACAGUUUUACCCUGUCACUUGGAUGUCGCCCUUUUGCACCAAUGGAGGCAAAGCAUAUGUGCAUGCAGGGAUACCCAAUAUUUUUUGACGAUACUACUACAGAAACACAACAUUCAAAGUUUGGCGCAGAGCAUAAAGAAAUGCCAUUCUUUUUUUUCUUUUGCGGGGGGGGGGACUGAAUAAUGUUUACUUAUUCAAGCUUAUCUUGAAAACAUCACACAUACGUUUUCUAAGCUCUGAGGGCUUAUAGUCUGAAUUAGUUGGGGUCUAUCCAGCAAGUGCAGGUGUAAUACUGUGACUGUUCUCUCAUGAAUGCAAUGCGCAGUUAGCACAUACUCAUUUAUAAAGCAUAUACAUGUACAGUACAUGUGUGUAUGUGUAGGCAGGUCACCACCUAUGUGUACAUUUUGAGCAAUUGUUUUAAUUUUGAAAUAUCAGAAAGACUGUAUAUAUUCUGACUCUGUGUAUACAAAUGUAUUUUGAAAUAUGAUUGUGUUGUACAAGGCGUGGAUGUUGUGUUGCUGGUUUUGACAGAUAUACGAAAUUAUUGUAAUUCUGUUUUAAGGAUGGGACAAUGCGAAGAACGUAAACAAUGAAAAAUGUCAAGAACAGUAAAAGCCAAAUCGCUUUUGGUAUUCCCAUUGUAUUAAUUGCAAUGUUUGAAUGACAUUGAAGUGGCAAUACAUGAAAUUGCAUCCCCGGAAUUGA